AUGAUUAAUAACUAUCUUGAGGGUAAAAUUCCUAUGGAGUUGGGUUCUUUGCCUAAUCUCUUGGAAUUGAAUUUUGCUAAAAAUUAUCUCUUUGGAACUAUCCCACUCUCACUUGGAAACCUUUCAACUCUUCAUAAACUUUCUCUAUCGCACAAUAAUCUAGUGGGAAACAUUCCCUCCCAACUUGCUCAGCUUUCAAACUUGGAGCAUCUUUCGUUGUCUUUUAACAAUUUGUCAGGUAUGAUAUUUGAUACUGGAUCACUUGAAGGCCCGUUCGGAUCAUUUCAAGUUUGUAAUGUACAAAUUUAUGGAGACUUUGUUGUUCAUAUCGGUUCGUUUACUGGGGAAACAAGCAAGUUCUCUGUAGGUGAUAAAGUGAUUUGUAAGGUUGACUAUGAUAGACGUAAGCUCAUUGCUCCUAACCAUACCUGUAUGCACAUGUUGAAUUUUGCGCUCAGGGAAGUACUUGGAAAUCAUGUUGACCAGAAGGGAUCCAUUGUUCUUCCUGAGAAAUUACGAUUUGAUUUCUCUCAUGGCAAGCCUGUGAAACCUGACAAGUUGAGAAAAAUUGCGUCCAUUGUGAAUGAGCAAAUCAAAGCUGAGCUGGAUGUAUUUUCAAAGGAGGCCACUCUGAUCGAUGCGAAGCGUAUAAAUGGUUUAUGAGCUGUAUUUGG